AGCUGCUGAAAGCUGUCGGUUGGUGGAUUUGUGGUUUGUGUCGCAUUGUGUUUUAAUUGUACAAAUUUGUAAAUUAAAAUUUGUUAUGAUUCUUGUGGAAACAGACUAGAAAAUGAACAUGUCCGCCUUAUUUGCGUGCUCUAAGUGUUUCUCGAGGCAUCCUUUCGAGGAACUCUCCGUUGGCCAACAGUUGUGCAAAGAAUGCCGUGGCGCUUUUCCAGUUGUGAAGUGUACUUACUGCAGGUCUGAAUUUCAGCAGAUAAGUAAAGGAAGCCCCAGUGCAAUUUGUAAAAAAUGUGAGCAGAAUGUAAAGCAGUUUGGUAAACCUUCAGCUUGUGAAUAUUGCAAUACAAUAGCAGCAUUCAUCGGGAACAAGUGUCAACGUUGUACCAACUCUGAGAAGAAAUAUGGUCCUCCGGUGACUUGUGAACAGUGCAAACAAAAAUGUGCUUUUGAUAGGAAAGAUGAAGAUAAGAAGGUCGAUGGAAAACUUCUUUGUUGGCUGUGCACACUGUCAUACAAAAGAGCUCUUGCCAAGACAAAGCAAACAGAUGCUGAAAGAAGAGCUCACCUGAAACUUGCAGCCCAACGAGCCGCAAAAGGAAAAGAUAUUAAGCACAAAAGUCACAGCAAGCGACCGCACCGUGUUGAUGUUACUAAACUUACUGCUGCUCCAGAUGGCAUGGACAAAUCAGAUGGCAUUCCUCCAGCUAAACUUGCUCGCUCCUCAGGAAACAGUAGGGGAGAUCCACUUGAUCCGAAUUCUUCAGACCAUGUUGUUGCGAUGACACAGCUCAAAGAACAAAUUGCAUCUCUGCAGAAACAGCUCACCCAAAAGGAUGCCCUGCUGCUUUCUAAAGAUAAACAGAUGACAGAGCUCAAGGCGAAACAUUUUACUACUGAGAGUGAGUUGAGGAAUAAAAUGAAGACAAUGCAGAAGGAGCAUGACAACAAAGUGGAACAGUUACUCUUGAAGGUUAAAUCACUGCAGAAGGAAGUAGCAACACUUUCCAAGAGCACAAAGAGGCAAGGUCUACUUGCAAAUAAGGAUGGUCUAAGUGGUGGUGGCACAGGCAGCGGUAGCGGCACCGACAGUCCGUCACUUGCUUGAUUUAUCUGCAUCAGUGACAUUCCCAUGACCAAAGGCUCCAUAACAAGUCCAUCUGAUCUAUUUUAUUGUGGUAUGUGUAUUGCAUUUCUUCAUUUGGCACAAUGAAGAGGGACAUCUGUUACUCAGUUAUUUUUUGUGAACUGUAAUCUCUUAAGUCUUUUAUGACAAGCCAAGACAUACCAUAAAGAUUUAAUCCACAUAAUCAUACCUGUAAAUGUACUGGUAGUGAUAUACCAGGUGUCAUUUUUAUCUUUUGUGAUGCUGAGCAUGUGUUCUUUAUCUAUUGGGCAUCCAUCACAGACAUUUUGAACUUCAUUGGGUAAGUUUAAAAAAAAAAAAAAAACGCUUUUAUGUUUAUAUUUUAUCAUUUAU